CGGAAUCCCACCAUGAGCAAUGACAUGAGCGCGGCGGUGUUGCGACAGACGUUGGCACUGGUCAAAGCCAACGACGGCCAGUUCACCGCGCAACACGGAGAAAUCCUGCUGACCAUCUACACGAACGAAGCAGAGAUGGCACUACUCCAGGCGGCGUCGGAACUGGUGGAGCGGCAGCGCGUCACUUGCGUCACGGCCGCACCAAGCGGACGGUCGUUCACCCGCGUGUCGUCGCAGUCGCACCAUGGAUCCAGCGGCGGCCCGUCGUUUUACAUUUGCUUCUCACACUAUUGCUCCUGUGCUGCCUUCCUCCACACGACUGUGCACAGCAAGUCCACCAUGUGCAAGCACAUUCUCGCAGCUCUCUUGGCUGAUGCAACGGGGAAACUCCUUCAUGAGUCUGUGGCCGACUCUGCGUUUGCCGACAUGUUGUGUCCCGUGUCGUCCGAGUGAGACUUUGGCGGGAAAGGACGUUUCGCUCGAAAUAUCUACUCGCUCUUGAAUAUUUAUUAUAUUAUUCCUCCGUCCCAAUAAUAUAUUUGCUUCAACGUCGUGA